AUGACUAAUUUUCAAGUAACAAAUCUACGAGAUUGUUUUCAACAAAAAGAUUUUCAAACAAAUUGGAUGAAUAUUGCAACUGAUAUUAAAAUUCGAAAAUAUGAUCAAUUAAAUAAUAUACCUGAAUUUCGUCAAUUACCUAAUCAAUUUCAAAAUCAAAUACAAAAUGAAGUAAUUCCAUUGAAUGGUAAUUACAAAUUCUUUUCUAAUCAACAAUAUUUUAAUCGUUUCUAUGCAAUAUUAUCAACAAAAGAAAAAGAAAAAUAUCUUGCUCUAUAUCAAGAAAAGAAAUCAUCAGUAAAUACACAAGCAUUCUUAACUGGUAUUGGUAUUGGAAGUUUAUUUCUUAUUUGGAAUAUUUUAAAAUAUUUUCAAGAUACACAACAAUCAACAACAACAAAUAAAAGUUCAUAUCAAAUAACAACGUUUAAUCGUUUAGUAUCUUAUACAUCGAAACAUAGUUUUAUGGUCAUUUUAACUGUUUUAUCACCAAUUGCGGCAUAUUUUCUUACUCAAAAAUGGCUUUUAAAUAAUGAUCUACGACAUAAACAGCUUGUACAUGCUUGUGUAUUGAAAAAAUUAGAGAGUAUCGUGAAAUCAAAUUAA